AUGUCGCGACUUCGAGAUAUCGGUGUUCCUCUCUGGGUGCUCGAGCACCAACGGAGGCAAAAAGAUAUCUCUACCCUCCUUGCCUGUCUACGAGAUAGUCCCGACGGCAACACGAUCACAGGCGAUAUGGAAAACCGUGUCGAACUUAAUUGCCUGGACUACGAAACUGGGCUCACACAUCCAUCCGUGACUCCAUACUUUGGACGACGGGAUCAUCUGGGCCUACUCGAAAAGCCCACCUUGAUGAAGACACGAAGCCGAUUCCUCCACGCUGAGAAAGACCGCGACUCUGAGAAAGACCUCAAGUUGCUCCAAGCUCUUGCUCACGAGAUCGACAUCCAACUCGGUCGUCACUACCGAGAACUAGAGGUUCAAAAUGCAGCCCCAUACGAAUGGGAAGACAUCCUCAACUCCUCGCGCGACGGAAAACUGAAAUUCAACAACACUCAGUCCUGCUGCAGAGUCCGUCGGGCCGUGGAAGUCGUCGAAGAACGACGAAACCACCGAAUGGCCCUCCUGCAGAUGAACGCGCACGCUAACCCGGACAAACCCACCGUCACCGAGCUCCAGGUACUACUUCAGUUCAUGAAAGACGGAGACUGGGAAAGAAGGGUCUGGUGGCGACUGAACGACAAGAAUGUCUCUAUGCACAACAAAACGCACCACGUCGUCCCGGUGCUGCUGGUCACUACAUUCCUCGGUGGCCAAGUCCGCGUUAUUUGGGGAUACUUCGAUCAAAAGCUCAAGGUCCAAUACACCGAGCUUCAACAAUUUACAUCUUCCAACCUUGGGAAAAGUCUGGAUGAUUUGAUGAUGUGGGCCUUGCGAUAG